AGUAUAUUUCAAAGACCUUCGGACGAGGCACUUCCGAGUCUAUAUGUAGUACCUGAGUUACAUCAGUAGCGUAGUCAGCCAAUUUAAUGUAACAUCGUUUAUCGUUUACUGCCACAAACAAUGAAGUACGUCGCACUCCUUAGUGGAGGGAAAGACAGCUGUUACAACUUGUCCCACUGCAACGCCAAUGGUCACCAACUUGUAGCUGCAGCGACACUCUCUCCGCAAUCAGGAAAAGAUGAGAUCGACUCGUAUAUGUACCAGACAGUAGGCCAAGACGCGAUCGAAUUUGUAGCUCGCGCUCUCGAGGUUCCGCUCUAUCGACACGUCAUACAAGGUGAUGCUAUCGAGCAAAAUGCAGAGUAUGGUUCGCGUAGUGCUGGGGGAGCUGGCGUGUUAGGAGAUGAAACGGAGGAUCUCUAUACUCUAUUAAAGCGUGUCAAGGUUCACCACCCGGAUGUGCAAGGUGUCUCAGUCGGCGCUAUUCUCUCAAAUUACCAACGCGUUCGCGUCGAACAUGUGUGUCGUCGUCUUUCCCUCACGCCCUUAGCAUACCUCUGGCAGCGCGAUCAAGCCGAAUUGCUGUCCGAGAUGAUUGCAGCCGGAGUUAAAAGCGUGCUCAUAAAAGUAGCAGGCAUCGGUCUGACAGUGAAACACCUAGGAACAACAUUAAACGAAAUGCAGGACACCCUCACGCGAUUGAACAACCUUUAUGGUUUGCAUAUCUGUGGUGAAGGCGGAGAAUAUGAAACUCUCACUCUUGACAGCCCGUCGUUCAAACAUCGUAUUGUGCUGAAUGGAACAGAAGUCGUGAUGCAUACAGACAAUGAUUUUGCGCCUGUUGCAUAUUUGCGUAUUAAACAAGCUUCGCUUCAUCCCAAGGAGUCAUCUACAGAUGGCAAGGUCGAAGUUCCGCCACUCUUGGAUGAUAGAUUCGGUGAAUUGAAGAACGUGGUCGAAACUUCAGUCCUAGAGCAAUACGAAAAGGGUUCUAGCGGGACAUAUGAACCGACCAACAAACUACACCACAUCCCAGACCAUCCAUCAACACACGCUAUCGGAUCAUGGCUCGCGAUCGGAAACAUCCACCCAGACUCGUCUCUAGACUCAGAAAUACCCCUAGAAGAACAAGUCCGCGACUGCUUUAUUCAAUUACAAGGAAUUCUUCAAUCGCACGAUCUGCGCAUAGAAGAUGUAGCUAAUAUCACGCUCUUACUGCCUUCCCUUGCUCCCAAGAUAUUCGCAGCUGCAAACAAGGCAUACGCCGAGUUCUUUGGUGUCUCACCUCCUUCGAGAGCUUGUGUGGGUGUGGAUCUUCCCGAGGGGGUGGGUGUGAUUCUUGAAUGCGUCGCGCGCAAGGAUAACACAAGGAGAGCGCUCCAUGUACAGAGUUUGAGCUACUGGGCGCCUGCUAAUAUUGGUCCUUAUUCACAAGCUGUCACCGUGGAGCCGUAUGUUUUCGUAUCCGGCCAGAUCGGUCUACUCCCUGCGUCUUUAACGCUCCCUUCUCCAUCUUCGUUGGCACUUGAAACUGCGUUGGUGUUCCAGCACACGGAUCGCGUCAUUCGCGCCGCCAACACUGCAGGGGGUCAUGUGCUGCUUUCGCUUUAUUGGCUUGUUGACUAUGCUAAUACCAUACACACUCGACGGGCUUGUGAAACGUUUUGCGAGGAAACCCCAACGUUGUUCUUGGUAGUCGCGUCCCUCCCGCGCGGUGCACGCGUCGAGAAACAAGUAUUGGUGCAUACAGGCAAAUUCACGAUCCUAGACGAAGACACGUUCAUACAAGUAUCUCACACUCCGGAGUUUGUGUCUGGGGAUAUCCAUGCCGAACGCACCCAGAUAUUGCGCACUGCAGAGUUCCUAUCUGGGGAUGUCGAUCCCGAGUGCGGCACGAAAGUGUCGAGCGAAGUGAUCCUCAGUUCGACCAGGCCGCCCAUAUUGAACUGGCAAGUUUCUCGAUUUGACGUGUCGGAGACCUCGCCGCAGUGCGUGGUUAUCUGCGCUCGUGGACAUCCAUCGCGGGAGGAUGCAAUCGAACUGGAAAAAAUACCGUUGCUCGUUGCAUUUUGGGCAACAGCACUCUCAGCAAGAUUGUUCCACAGAGUAGAAGCUCAUUUUUCACCUAGUUGGUCAUCAGUCUCGCGCGUCCUGUUCGGAGACAAUAUGCCUGCAACCACUUUCAUCCCCUGCCGAUAUAUUGGCACUUGGGGGAGUGAUGAACAGUGGGAUUGGGCGGUGGCCUUUGUAGGCGUCUCAUGAUUGCGCACCAACACAAGCCAUCUUUUCAUGCCCUACUCAACAUUUUUCUAUUUCGUAAACAUUCAUCACGUGUUCUUAUGUCAGGAAUUCUCAGAAAUCACCGCUCCAAGCGGUAUUACGUCCAAUCAAUUUUAUUCCCCUUGGACGUUGAGAUCUAUCUGGGUUUCCCUCGAAUUUUCAAAUUGGCGCAGCUGUCUGUGCUAGGACCACGCCUUGUCCAAUAGCGUUCAGCAUUCGAGAAUAUAACGCUAAACUGGACUCCGAUACAGCAACCGCUAUGACUUCAAUUGCUUUCCAGGAGCGUGCGUAGCAUGGGAGAUGCUUGAUAUGAUUUACACUUGCU